AUGACUGAUGGAAUCCUUCUGAGAGAGUUACUGACAGAUCCUUUGCUUUCAAAAUAUAGUGUUAUAAUGAUCGAUGAGGCCCAUGAACGGACUUGCAACUCUGAUAUUCUGCUUGGUCUGCUUCGAAAAGUGCUCAUUGUUCGGCCUGAUUUACGCAUUGUAGUGUCAUCAGCAACGCUCGAUGCUGAGCUUUUUCGAGAUUUCUUUGAGCUGAAUGAAAGCGAUGACCAUAAUCUUGAUACCUCGUGUAUAAUGUCGGUGGAAGGGCGAACGCAUCCAGUUACGAUAUACCAUACAAAGACGUCAGUGCCGAAUUAUAUCAAAGCCACGGUGGAUACUGUGCUGGAUAUUCACAAAAAUGAGAUUCCAGGCGAUAUUCUUGUAUUUCUUACGGGUCAAGAAGAGGUUAUUCAGGUUCUGUGA